AUGUCGGUCUCUAAUGUGGUUCCGCUUGACCGAAGUACCCCUGCCUGGCCAACACAGCUCAGGCGGUACGCACAACGUGCAGAAAGGGCAUUUCUGCCAACUCCCGACUUCCUGGUGCAAGAAAUGCAAUUUGACAUAUUUCGGGACAAUGUAUAUGGUGAAUGGGAGGAGCACAUUCACCCGUCUGGAGCCACGUAUUAUUACAAUAGGACAAGGAAAACAUACACCGGAUUCAAUGUAAGAGAUUGUUCGAAAGUUCGGCUACAGAAAUUUGAGGCUUGGGUGGUGGAAACACGAAGCAGAGUAAAGGGUAAUUUUACCAUCGUUGCAGAGCCGGCCAGAACUCAGAAUGUGGAUGGCGACAUUUAUCUAUACUACCUGGUGGCGCCGGAUGCACACAUAAUUGGAUGGGUAGAACCUUUGGAUGGUACUCAUUUAUUUCGAGAAUGCGACUCUGCCAGUGAAUGGAACCAUAAAAGUGUGUCACCUUCUAACGCAUUUGUCAUGAUACUGGAACGUCUUGCAGGACUGGAACUCGAGGCCCAGUUUUGGAAGCACGUGGAAUUCUUUCCAAGUGAUUUCAAACUACAUCGUUCCCUUGUGAGAAAACUUCGGGCUGAACUCGAUUGGUUUCAUGCAGGCAAGUUCUAUUAA